CCACCUGGGCCGCGUCUGUCCUUCCUCGCCGCGCCCGCCGCGCCCCCAGCCGCCGCCCCCAGCCGCACUGCGGAGGAGCCAUGGAGUCCAAGGUGUCCGAGGGCGGCCUGAACGUGACGCUCACCAUCCGCCUGCUGAUGCACGGGAAGGAAGUCGGGAGCAUCAUCGGGAAGAAAGGAGAAACUGUGAAAAAGAUGCGUGAAGAGAGCGGCGCACGGAUCAACAUCUCAGAGGGAAACUGCCCAGAGAGGAUUGUGACCAUCACAGGCCCAACAGACGCCAUCUUCAAGGCCUUUGCCAUGAUCGCCUACAAGUUUGAGGAGGACAUCAUUAACUCCAUGAGCAACAGCCCUGCCACCAGCAAGCCCCCGGUGACGCUUCGCUUGGUGGUCCCCGCUAGCCAGUGCGGGUCCCUGAUUGGCAAAGGCGGCUCCAAGAUCAAGGAGAUCAGGGAGUCCACAGGUGCCCAGGUCCAGGUGGCCGGGGACAUGCUGCCCAACUCCACGGAGAGGGCAGUGACCAUCUCGGGGACUCCCGACGCCAUCAUCCAGUGCGUCAAGCAGAUCUGUGUGGUGAUGCUGGAGUCCCCACCGAAAGGUGCCACCAUUCCCUACCGCCCAAAGCCCGCCUCCACCCCUGUCAUUUUUGCAGGUGGUCAGGCCUACACGAUCCAGGGACAGUACGCCAUCCCCCACCCGGAUCAGUUGACCAAGCUCCACCAGCUGGCCAUGCAGCAAACCCCCUUUCCUCCCCUCGGACAGACCAACCCCGCUUUCCCCGGAGAGAAGCUGCCCUUGCACUCCUCCGAAGAAGCUCAAAAUCUGAUGGGCCAGUCGUCAGGUCUGGACGCCAGCCCCCCGGCCAGCACCCACGAGCUCACCAUCCCCAAUGAUCUGAUAGGCUGCAUCAUCGGGCGCCAGGGGACCAAGAUCAACGAGAUCCGGCAGAUGUCGGGGGCGCAGAUCAAGAUCGCCAACGCCACGGAGGGGUCCUCGGAGCGCCAGGUCACCAUCACCGGGAGCCCCGCCAACAUCAGCCUCGCCCAGUACCUCAUCAACGCGCGGCUGACGUCUGAGGUCACUGGGAUGGGCGCCCUCUGA